CUCUGUAACCCCAACACCCACAUUGUAGCUUCGUAUUGCAUCCUGAUCACUUCUUCUUGCUUAUUACUAGUCACAGAUCGCGGCGGUAAUUCUUCAUCAUGAGUAAAAUGUGGGAGGUAGAUCCGGAGACGCGGAGUAAGUUACUGGAAAUCCAAAAGACAAACGACAACAAUAAGUGCGUCGACUGCAAUGCGCCGAGUCCACAAUGGGCCUCACCCAAGCUGGGUAUCUUCAUGUGUCUGUCAUGCUCCGGCGUCCACCGCGGCCUGGGUGUCCACAUUUCCUUCAUUCGCAGCAUAACCAUGGAUGCCUUCAAGGGCGCUGAGCUUGCGCGCAUGGCUGCCGGCGGCAACAAAACUUUCCAGGAUUUUUUCAAUGCACACCCAACGAACACAAAAGACAACAGGACAUUCGAGGCCUCGUCUAUACAAGAGCGCUACGAUUCCGAGGCCGGCGAUGAGUGGAAGGAGAGACUGAGCUGCAAGGUUGAGGACAGGGAGUUCGACAAGAGUAACUUGCCCAAGCGGCUUCCAAGAAAGGAGACUUCCGCCGCUGCUGGUGCUAGUGGGCCAUUGAGCGGCCGGGCCAGCGCAGCUGGGAGCAGAAGCCAGACACCACUCGGCAAGACGCGCAGCAACGAGUCCGGAUUUCAGCGCUCAGGAUCACCAUCCAUUGGAACAAAUGCCAUGUCAUCACAGAAGGCGAAGAACGAGGCAUACUUUUCGCGCAUUGGAGCUGAGAACGCCAACAGGAGAGAGGACCUGGCGCCUAACCAGGGUGGAAAAUACGGCGGUUUUGGUAGCGAACCUGAAGCCUGGAAGAACAAUGACGAGCCAGGCGCACCGCCUGAGAUUGCUGAUUUCCAGAAAGAUCCCGUUGCAGCUCUCACAAAGGGCUUUGGUUGGCUAGGCGCAAGCGUGAGCAAGGUGGGCAAGACUGGGUAUGAAGGUUGGGUCAAGCCCGGGAUGCAGAAGCUCGCCGAAGCAGAUCUCGCCUCUCAGGCACAGAAGACCGCUGGUUUUAUGGGUCAAACUAUUCAAACUUCCGCCGCAAACGCCGGUACUGCUUUCAACCGUUUCGUCGAGGGCGAGUCUUCAAGCAACACGCGUCGUGGCGUCGAGCCAGCGAAGAAGGACUUUUGGGACGACUUCGGUGCCGCUUCUAAGGGCCCCAGCAAAGACAAGCAGGACUUUUGGGAUGAGUUUGCAAGUGCUGGCGAGACUACGACAAAUGCUACGUCUGGUUUAGGACAGAAACCCAAGCCGUCAGGCAUUGGCACAAGCGCGAUGAAGAAGAGCAGUGGCUCAGUGCCAGCAGGAGGCAAGAAAGACGAUAAGUGGGAAGACUGGUAGAUGCAGAAGUACCUCUGUCCGACAUGGAGUUGGCGGCUUUUGGGGGAGUCAUGGCGUUGGCCGAGCACGUCGGCCUUCCGUACACAAUGGUGAGGUGGAUUUUGUAUUGUUACCAUGUUCUCUUCGCGCACCACAUUGCUGCGGCAUCAAUUUUGUUC